AUUGCAUACUGUCACAUCACUUCAGCAGCAAAGGGAAAAGCAAACAGAGUGUCUAAUCGAAGAUAGAAGAAGAGAUGGCUAAAUCUCCAGAAACUGAACUUCCCGUCGAAGCUUUCGGUUGGGCUGCUUCAGACACUUCUGGCACCCUUGCACCUUUUCAUUUCUCCAGAAGAGAAAAUGGCGUUGAUGACGUCACUCUCAAGAUUCUCUUCUGCGGGGUUUGCCACUCGGAUCUCCACACUCUCAAAAACGACUGGGGUUUCACCACUUACCCUGUCGUUCCUGGGCAUGAAAUUGUUGGUGUUGUGACAAAAGUUGGCAACAAUGUGAAAAACUUCAAAGUGGGUGAUAAAGUUGGAGUUGGUGUGAUAGUGGAGUCUUGCAAGGAAUGUGAAAGUUGCCAACAAGAUCUGGAGAGUUACUGUCCCCGCCCUGUUUUUACCUAUAACUCUCCUUAUUAUGAUGGGACACGAACCAAAGGUGGUUAUUCUAACAUCAUGGUUGUGCACCAGCGUUAUGUGCUCCGAUUUCCUGAGAACUUGCCUCUUGAUGCUGGUGCUCCUCUGCUGUGUGCUGGGAUAACUGUGUAUAGCCCGAUGAAAUAUUAUGGGAUGACAGAGCCAGGCAAACAUUUGGGAGUGGCAGGGCUUGGUGGGUUAGGUCAUGUUGCAAUCAAACUUGCUAAGGCGUUUGGGCUGAAAGUUACUGUCAUCAGUAGCUCUCCUAACAAGCAAGCUGAGGCCAUUGACCGACUCGGGGCUGAUUCUUUCCUUGUUUCAUCAGACCCUGCAAAAAUGAAGGUGGCUUUGGGAACCAUGGACUAUAUCAUAGACACAAUUUCUGCUGUUCAUUCCCUGAUUCCACUGCUUGGUCUGCUGAAGCUGAAUGGGAAGCUAGUUACUGUAGGGUUGCCUAACAAGCCCCUUGAGCUUCCUAUCUUUCCAUUAGUUGCAGGACGGAAACUUAUAGGGGGGAGCAACUUUGGAGGGAUCAAAGAAACUCAGGAAAUGCUUGAUUUCUGCGCAAAGCACAACAUAACUGCAGAUAUUGAGCUGAUUAAGAUGGAUCAGAUCAACACAGCCAUGGAAAGGCUUAGCAAAGCUGAUGUGAAAUAUCGCUUUGUGAUUGAUGUGGCGAACUCUUUCGCAAGUUUGUAGAAGCCACCAUGAUUCUCCAACUCUUUGCAUGUGUGGCCUUUAGAUGUCUCAGUAUUUUGAAAGUAGAUUGGUGGUAUAAGUAGUCUAUAAGAUGUUGAACUUUAAAGAUGAGAACAUCUGCUAAUUAAUAAUACUUUGGGUUUUGAAUUUAUAUUAUGUUCCUUUAUGUUGAUGAA